AAAAAUCCCCAAAAAGAAAUUCCCCUGAUCGACGACGAUGGAUUCCAGCUGAGCGAAAGCAAUGCAAUCCUGCAGUACCUAGCUGAUAAAUACGCAAAGGACCAAACCCUCUAUCCGAAAGACCUUAAGGAAAGAGCGCUGGUCAAUCACCGACUAUGUUUCGAUCUUUCCACGUAUUAUAGAAAUAUUUGCGAUUACGCGGUGAAUCCGAUGUUCUUCGACUACCCGAGAACAGACUUGGCCCUGAAAAAAACCCACAUCGCGCUCAGCAAUUUCAACACUUACUUGGAAAGAACCGGCACUAAAUACGCAGCGACUAACCACAUAACCAUAGCCGACUUCCAACUGGCAACUUCCACCAUGUGCCUGGAAUCGAUCAAUUUCGACCUCUCGGACUACCCACUGGUCCAAAAAUGGUACGCCACCUUCAAGCAGGAGUAUCCGGAACUUUGGAAACUACUGGAACCUGAAAUGCUUGUGUUGACUGCCUGCGAAAAGAACCCGCCGGAUCUGAGCCACAUGGUUCACCCAAUUCACCCCGUACGCAAAAGCUAAACGCAACUAAGCCAAAAAAACACUUUAUUAUAACAUGGAAACUUCGUUAGGUAUACAGGGGGAACAUCUAGGUAGAAACUCCAGGAGGCAAAAACUUUACGAACAAGUAACAAACCUACAGUCAGCUCGAAUGGGCGAGAUAAUAAUUCUUUUGACUAAAAAACGUUUAUCUUAAUGGGAAAAACUUGUCCUGGGAACUUGCGCUGGAUGGACCCUAACAGCAAAAGCUUUUGGCAGCAUUUUAAGGCUUUUUACGGGUUUGCUCGUGCGCCACUCUUUGCCACGCUGCGUUUGAUGUUGUUAACACAUUUAUAAUCUUGUAAUCAAAUAAAAGUGUACACUUAG